GGUUUCGCUUUUGCCAAUUUCGAGAUUGAUGGAUUAGUACAUAAUUUGUGCUCAUCCACCACAUUUUUGACGAUAGGGUUCUGAUAUACAUACAAACAGAAAACUAUCCAGCAUGCCGACAGCCGGUUCUGCAGCUGGAUGUAAAUGAAUUCACUGCAAGAUCUUCUUUGAGAGCUGCAACAGCAUUGCUUGAUUAUUAACCAGGCACAUGAUUUUGGGUGACUUGAGGUCUGCUGGGAAGAUGCCGCUGCAGGACCUUGCCGUCGUUCCACUCGCCAAACACUUGAUCCAGAGGAAGUCACAAGCAAGACUGCUCACCAACCGUCUGGCCAACCCGCCGACAACCCCCCCUCUGGAGCUUCAGACUUCCUUCUCUCAAUGUGUCUUUCUUUGCUUGCUCUUGAUCGCAGUGGUUUCAUACUAGAUACUGCAACUAUCUCCCUUUGAGACUGCAGAUAUAGCAGAACACACAAAAUGGAGGAAUAUGAGCUUGUUGGCGCGCAAGAAUGGUUAUUGGAUGGAGAUGAGCCUUCACCAAAGCUUUCAAGAAUCAGCUCUCGCCGAAAUGACCCUCCUGAAGGUGUCACCUUAGCUGAUCUUAAAGACCCAGCUGGUGGCCAACAAAUUUCUCGUCCUCGUGUCCAAAGCGGCUUUCAAUUCCCAAAAAAUUCUAUAUCCGCUGCCUCUCUGAAUAGACCAUCUCCAGUUCAAACUGGAAUUAAAGCUCCCAUCGUCAAUAGGAAUAUACAUGCCCAGAAUGAACCAGCGCCAGCAGGCGGAAUUGCACCGCCAUCAUUGGCAAAUCGGACACGUGCUGUUUGGGUCAAACAAAAAGGUGCCCCUGGAACACCUAGCCAGCGAAAUAGGAGUACGGCGCAACCCGAAGAUACACCGGCUCAAGCAGCUUGGAGGGCGGGCCUUCCUCACACUGGUCGUAUCGAUCUCCCUUUUCAGUACAGGCAGUUAAGACAAAAGAUCAUGAGCCAUAAUAAACUUCGAGUCCCCGAAGAAGUGGAAAAGGUCCUUUUCGAACAAGUAAUGGCAGAGACCGGUGCCUUCAUUCCGCCUCCGCCGAACUCUGAUCAGCACAUAAGAGUGUGGGGCACGUCAGACCAGGUUAGAAAGGCUCGUCUCCUGAUUUCACGAGCCCUGGCUGUGUUCAAGCCGCCGGAAGCACAGGCCAAAAAGAAGUCGGCCCAAUUCGUAAAAAUUCAGUCUUAUUCUGAACAGAAGGAGGAGAUGAUCAAUAAAGUUGAAAAGCACGAAUCUGUUCUGCAGCUCCUCAGGCAGAAACCGGACCCAUCGGCUAGAUUUCCAGAGACGCUAGCUUUCCUCUGGCCAGCCGAUGAGCUUCCGAUCGAGUCGUCUCUUGGACCACGGUUAGAGGCCCUUGAUCCGCUCCGAGUGGAAUUUGGUUGUCCAAUCUAUGUUGAUGAUGAGCUGCCGAGUUAUAUCCGUGUCGAUGCUUAUGAUCAUGAUACUAUUCUUAAGAUUGUAAGCCGGCUCCGCGCUGAGUGGAUAAAAUUAUUGGCUACGAUCCAUGUCAAAAUUAAGCUCUACCUUGUUCAACCUCCCAAGGACUUUACGGACUGUGAAGUUCAAGUUAAAAUGCCACGCUCUGCUAACGGUGCUGUCCUCUCUACCCCUGUUCUUUACGGCACCCCCCUAGGUCCGAAUGCAGUUCAGAGCCAAGGCGAUAAGAGGGAGUUGAUUCGUAUGAAAAAUGAAAGCCGAUUGCGAGAUGCCGUUGAGCAUUCAUUAAGAGGACUUCGAUUUCUCAGAGGCCAUGUUCGAAUGCGUGUAAAUUUCGGACUUUUUGUGCUCGACGACUAUCGCAUCCCGCAAGGGAAGCCUCGAUACUCGUAUGAAGAAUUUAGGUCUAUGCUUUUCCACUCGAGGACAAAAGGCCAUUUGAUUCCUGGGCUUGACUUUAAACACGGCGACCAGGAUAUUUUGACUAGGAUUGCCGCUGCAACUAAUCUCCUUUCGCCCUAUGAAGUUACAUCGUUGUCUCUUGAAGAUGCGAAGCCUUUAUACGCGGUGAAUUUUGAAUUUGCGGGAGAGGACGGCUCUAUAUUGCGACUUGAAGCCGAAUUUGCAAAGUCUCCGGCGUCGGGUUUAUUCGAAGUUUUCCAGAGGCGUUGGAUACGGCCACAAGAAGAAGGUAGAUUUGGGGAUCGUCGCCCACCACUACACAUAGGUGUCAUUGAUUUUGAAAGCUCUGAUUGGCAGCUCGAGAUUUGCGCUGUAGACUUCCAAGCACCCUCAAGUAUUGCACAGGCGCUAAGAGCAUUUUCGCAUUCAAUCCAGUUUAAACCUGGUGCUGAUCUGGACCUACGUGAAAAUACUACACGGAAAGUCACAUUUUCAAACGCUGUUCCAGUCAGCAGACUUGUUGAAAAGACUGCAUUACGCUACCGACUGAAGGGCACCAGCUAUAUUUUGGAGGUUGCGCGCUACGAUGAGUAUUUUCGCGCGAUGCCGGGCACCAAUGAAUUAACAGAACACCCAGUGGUCUCUUGGGGCGCCUCGAUUUUCGACCUACAGUGGGAUAAUGUGCUUGGACAGCAUGCAAAUUUUCGACUCGGCCAUACGGCGGAUUGGGUCCCAUCUUUAAGCACUUUUUUCCCUGAUAUUAAUACUCCGGAUCCAUCUGGUGCAUGUACAGGUUUUGAUCAGUUCAUGGAACUCCUCAAACGUGUUUCGGUGGUGCUUUGCCCCGGGCCCAAGAGUGGUACCGUAGUGCCGAUGAAUCUCGCUUCCAACCAACGUACGGCGAGUUCAUCAACCCUCGCUAUUGGGACUACGGCAAGGCCUGGAAAUUCAUCAAAGGGUAAGUCUUGGGCUCACAUUGCUAAAUAGCGAUCGAAUCAAAACGAAGAAAAAGUGCGAAGCAGAGAUUCCAACUGUUAUUGUGGUCAAUUUCUAGCAGCAGUAGUGGGAUACCAAACCACAGAAAUACCAUAAAGCAAAGAUGUCACGUAUUUUUCAUUUAUA